CACAGAACUGUACGCACCAGCGAGAAGCCCAAACUUGCCUACUGUCAUCGACAUGGAUUGAAUGCAUCUGUAUCGGUAGCAACCCACCGAAUCUCGCCGGCCGUAACUCGCCGACGACUGCAUGCUGCUAGUAUAUAUACCAUCACGACCCUAACCAGUACCCUGCAAACUCAAACAACCCAACAAAGACCCAUCAAGUAAAUCCAGGCGAUCAACAUGUCCCCCGCCAAAGUCAGCGCCAACGACGUGCCCAUGCACGGCAACGGCUUCUACAGCUCCAACUCGGCCCUGCAGCACUCCGCCAUGCUCAACGCCCUGCCUCUACUCGCCGCCGCAGCAGCAGCAUCCAAAGCCAAGCAGCAAGAGGAGCAGGAAAACUCGCGCCCCUUCGCAAUCCUCGAAUUCGGCUCCGCCCACGGCAACAACUCCCACACCCCCAUAACCACAGUCCUCAAAUCCCGCGCCCCGGCCCCCUCCCGCGAAAUUCACCUGCAAUUCAACGACCGCCCCACCAACGACUUCUCCACCCUCGCCACCAAUCUCACCACCAUGACCUGGCCCGUUAGCAAUGCAAUCUUCACCUCCCUCCUCCCCGCCUCCUUCUACUCCCGCGUUUCUCCGAAGGGGAGCGUGGACGUGGCCUUCUCCCUCGCGGCCCUGCACCACCUCGACCGCGUCACCCCGGUGCCUCCCGAAGGCCCCAUCCCGACCCACGAGGUCCGGCAAGCCGAGUUCCGCGCGCAGGCGCACGCCGACCUCCUCUCUUUCCUGUCCCAUCGCGCGGAAGAGAUUGUCCCUGGCGGGGGGCUGGUGCUCAGCUUUGUGGGGCAGGAGCUGGGCCCUAACGGGGAGGAGAUUACCAAUUAUGCGGGGCCGGUGGACGCGUGUCGCUCGGCGAUGAUCGAUAUGCUGCAGGCGGGGGUGCUGAGUCCGGCGGUGGCGAAUGUGUUUGAGGUGCCGGCUUAUAACCGCACCAUUGCGGAUGUGCGGCGCACGCUGGCGGAGGGGGAGGUGGUGGCGGCGUGGGAGGUGGAGGAGGUGUUUGAGCGGAAGGUCGUGCAUCCUGCACUGCAGGAAUUGGAGGCCAGGAGAGAGGCUGCGCCGGGUAAGGAGGAGGAGCAUGCGGAGUGGUAUGCACGGACGGUGGUGGAUUGGCUGAUGGCUGUUGUGGCGGGGUAUUUUGUCAAGGCGGUGCGCGAGGGGAUGGGCGUUACGGAUCAGACGGUGCUCGAUGGGUUGUUGGCGGAGUGGGUGGAGCGGACUAGGGGGAGGUUUUUGGAGGGGCAUCGGAAUGAGCCGGUUGAGUGUUGGUUUGUUUAUGUUCGGUUGGGGAGGAAGUAGAUGGUUCCUUGUUGUUCUUGGGUUUAGGUUUAGUUGUGAGAGGGCUAGGGUGUUGCUUUUGGUUUGAAUUAGUUAAUGCGAAUAUGCUUGAUUGAGUGUUGUUGGGACGUGUUUGUUGUAGGACUUAGAAUUAAGUGUUACUGGGAAGCUG